GUGGCGAUCGGUGGUUCGCUGUGUCCCUCGGAUCACCGAUCAUGGAAAGAGUCGAAGAUGUUGGCUCAUGUGAUCAGCUGUGUCCAAUCACAGCUGAUCACAUGGGACAUGUACACAGAUCAUCAGGGCACUGAUGAUCAGUGUGCCCUGAUGAUCAGUGUAGCCCCAGCAGUGCCACCUGUCAGUGUCCAUCAGUGCCUUAUGUCAGUGCUCAUCAGUGCCUCGUGCCAGUGCCCAUCAGUGGUACAUCAGUGCCACAUAUCAGUGCCUACCAGUGCACAUCAAUGCCACAUAGUGCCCAUCUGAGCUGCCUUUCAGUGUCACCCAGUGCCAGUCAGUGCCACCUAUCAAUGCCAAUCAGUGCCACCUAUCAGUGCUGCCAAUCAGUGCCACCUAUCAGUGCCAGUCAGUGCCGUCUAUCAGUGCC